AUGUCAGGGAAGGAUAAAGACAAGCCAGAGAAGCAAUCCACCACGGAACGCCUCGUCAAAGCUGUGCCAUACCCUCCCCAACAUAAGCUGACCAUCAAAGAGCUGUUUGAGAAUGGCAAGCCCAACCCCGAGGUGCUGAGGAACCAUUUGGUGAAGGAGGGCCGUGUGGAGGAGGACGUGGCUCUGAAGAUCAUCAACGACGGAGCCAACAUCCUGCGGCAGGAGAAGUGCAUGCUGGAGGUGGACGCGCCCAUCACAGUGUGCGGUGAUGUGCACGGUCAGUUCUUUGACCUCAUGAAGUUGUUUGAAGUUGGAGGUUCACCCAGUAACACUCGCUACCUGUUCCUCGGGGACUACGUCGACCGAGGAUACUUCAGUAUUGAGUGUGUGCUCUACCUCUGGUCUCUGAAGAUCAACCACCCCAGCACCCUGUUCCUGCUGCGAGGGAACCACGAGUGCCGCCAUCUCACAGAGUAUUUCACCUUCAAACAAGAAUGUAAAAUCAAGUACUCUGAGCGUGUGUAUGACGCCUGUAUGGAGGCCUUUGACUGUCUGCCUCUGGCCGCGCUCCUGAACCAGCAGUUCUUGUGCGUCCACGGAGGCCUGUCCCCAGAGAUCAACUGCUUAGACGACAUCAGGAAAUUAGACCGGUUUAAGGAGCCUCCAGCCUUUGGCCCCAUGUGUGAUCUGAUCUGGGCCGACCCCGGAGAGGACUACGGCAGCGAGAAGACAUCUGAGCACUUCAACCACAACUCUGUGAGAGGCUGCUCCUACUUUUUCAGUUAUUCCGCGGUGUGUGACUUUUUGGUGAAUAACAACUUGCUGUCGGUAAUAAGAGCUCACGAAGCACAAGACGCAGGUUACCGUAUGUACAGAAAAAGCCAAACCACGGGCUUCCCUUCGCUAAUCACCAUUUUCUCUGCUCCCAAUUACUUAGACGUCUACAACAAUAAAGCUGCUGUAUUAAAAUAUGAGAACAAUGUCAUGAAUAUUCGUCAGUUUAAUUGCUCGCCUCAUCCGUACUGGUUACCCAACUUCAUGGACGUCUUCACGUGGUCUUUGCCUUUCGUCGGAGAAAAAGUGACGGAGAUGCUAGUCAACAUCCUAAACAUCUGCUCCGACGACGAGCUGAUGUCAGAAGGAGACGACCAGGGAGAAGGAGGCACCAGUGCUGUCCGCAAAGAAGUCAUCCGCAACAAGAUCCGCGCCGUGGGGAAAAUGGCGCGUGUCUUUGCCGUCCUCAGGGAGGAGAGUGAGAGCGUGCUGACCCUCAAAGGCCUGACCCCCACCGGCACUCUCCCUGUGGGCGUCCUGUCCGGAGGGAAGCAGACUCUACAAACAGCAACCAUUGAAGCAGCCGAAGCCCAAGGUUUUUCCCCAACGAGAAAAAUCCGCAACUUCGAAGAGGCUCGCGGUCUGGACCUGAUCAACGAGAGGAUGCCGCCGCGGAAGGACGGCAAGCAGCCAGAGCCAAACAUCAUCAACUCAACCAGCAAGAACGGCACAGACGCAUAG